AUGCAUCGAGUUGGCGGACAACUCGUCCGCGGAGUGAAGGCUCAGCAGAAGCGGUCGCUGUCCGCGGCGCUGCCACCAAAAAAGGUCGAAGUAUUCAUCGAUGGCAAAUCUCUGCUCGUUGACCCAGGAAUGACGAUCCUCCAAGCUUGCGCUCUUGUUGGUGUUGAUAUUCCACGCUUCUGCUAUCACGACCGUCUCUCAAUCGCCGGAAAUUGUAGAAUGUGUCUUGUCGAGGUGGAGAAAAGUGUGAAACCGGUAGCAUCAUGCGCGAUGCCAGUGAUGAAUGGAAUGAAAGUGAAAACAAACUCGGAUUUCGUGCGCAAGGCUCGUGAAGGAGUCAUGGAGUUUAUGCUCAACAACCAUCCCCUUGAUUGCCCAAUUUGCGAUCAAGGAGGAGAAUGUGAUCUCCAAGACCAGGCUGUCGCAUUCGGUUCCGAUCGUGGACGUCUUCAAUCGAGAUACGAUGGAAAGAGAGCGUUGGAGGACAAGAAUAUUGGUCCACUGGUGAAGACUGUCAUGACUAGAUGCAUUCAAUGCACGCGUUGUGUUAGAUUUGCCAAUGAGGUCGCCGCUUUCCCAGAUUUUGGAACUACCGGAAGAGGACAAGAUCUUCAAAUUGGAACUUAUGUUGAGAAGUUCUUCGCAUCGGAACUCUCUGGAAACAUCAUUGAUAUCUGCCCGGUUGGAGCUCUUACUAGCAAGCAGUACGCAUUCACCGCCCGCCCAUGGGAAACCAGAAAAACGGAGAGCGUUGAUGUGAUGGAUGGAACUGGAUCCAAUAUUGUUCUCUCGCAUAGAACUGGAGAGUUGCUGAGAGUCAUUCCAAAAAUCAACGAUGACAUCAAUGAGGAAUGGAUUGGCGAUCAAUCCCGUUUCGCUGUCGACGGGCUUAAAGUUCAACGUUUGUUGGCCCCAAUGAUCCGUGGAGCCGAUGGUCAACUCAAGCCAGCUUCAUGGGAGGAGGCACUCUUCACCGUUGCGGCAAAGCUUCGUGAGACACCAGCUGAGCAGAAGGCCGCCGUCGCUGGAGGACUCAACGACGUCGAAUCUCUUAUCGCAUUGAAGGAUCUUUUCAACAGAUUCAACAGUGAAAAUGUGAUGACUGAAGAGGAGUUCCCAGAAACUAGCGGAGGAUCUGAUCUUCGUUCCAACUACGUUUUCAACGAUGGUAUCGCUUCCGUUGAGAGUGCUGAUGCGAUUCUUCUUGUUGGAACAAAUCCACGUUUCGAAGCACCAACAUUGAACGCAAGAAUUAGAAAAUCUUUCUUGUAUUCUGAUGUUCAAAUCGGCGUCAUCGGAGCUGAAACUGAGCUCACCUACGAGUACGACUACCUCGGUGCCUCAGCCAAGGCUAUUGAUGAUAUUCUGGCAGGAAAAGGAGACUUCGCAAAGACUCUAAGUUCAGCUGCCACCCCUCUCAUCAUCGUUGGAUCACAAGCAUUGAAAGGAGAAUCAGGAGCAGUAUUGCUUGGAAAACUUCAACAACUUGCUGAGAAACUCGGAAACGGAAAGCAAGUUAAAGUGUUGAAUGUGCUACAAAGAUGGGCAGGACAAACUGGAGCACAAGACAUUGGAUACAAAGCUGGAACCUCAUCGAUCAGAAAGACCCCGAUCAAGUUCUUGUAUCUUCUCGGAGCUGACGAAGGAAAGGUUACCAAAGCCAACCUUGACCCAUCAGCAUUCGUCGUAUAUCAAGGACACCACGGAGAUGCUGGAGCAGAGAUGGCCGACGUGAUUCUCCCAGGAGCUGCUUACACCGAGAAGGAAGGUACAUAUGUGAACACAGAAGGAAGAUCGCAAAGAGCUUAUCCAGCAGUAUCGCCACCAGGAGAAGCUCGUGUCGACUGGAAAAUCAUUCGCGCUGUUUCUGAAGUUGCUGGAAAAGCUUUACCUUACAGUGAUUUGAAGGAAAUUCGGCAGAGACUCAAUGAGAUCGCUCCACAUCUCCUUCGUUAUCGGGACCUUGAGCCAUCUCCAUUCGUGAAGCAAGCUCUUCAGCUGGCUCAAACAAGCGGAUCCAUCGAUGUUGAUGUCUCACCGGCGCUCCGAGAGCUCUCCGACUACUACCAGACGAACGUGAUUUCGCGUAACUCUCGUAGUAUGGCUCAAGCGAAGAAGGCCGCCAUUGAGAACAAGACGAAUCCAUACGCAGAGGAGCCAACUUAUGCGAGACUUUAA